GCCAAUAGAAUCGACCCAACUGACACUGACCAGUCAUUGACAAGUUAUAGGCCCGCCAAUUUUAUCCGAAGAGCGUAUUUAUGUCACAAUUAGUUAUAGAUCAGCUAUUUUGCAAAAUGUAAACGAGACGCUAGCCUACUAUUUUGUAUUCUCACUAAAUUAUUCAAAUCAUGCAUUCCGUCUUAAAGUUUUCUGGUACCCCAUAUAAAUGAUUAAUAACGACGCCUUUUUAUUUCUUGUAUAUUUUCUUUGUAUAUUUUAACUACGACUCCCAUAGUGCACCGCACAGCGGCGUCGGCUCUUGAGCUGUCAUCCUGACCGGAGAGAAGAAAUUGGUCCAGCAUCCCAGAGAAACGGAGUAGCAGCCCAAGGACAUAAAAUGUUGUGAAAUCUUGCCCCCAAUCGCUUUGCAUUGCCGGCGAGAAAUGUUUGCUUGAUAUGGAGUGGAUUUUCCGAGGAUGUGCUUUCACGUAAAUAUCUGUACACAUAUCGCAUGACUGUUUGUCAGUGAGGAAUGCCGACCAGUUUUUGCCAUCGGGGUUAAUGCAGAAAAAGCUGCAAGAUGAAGAAACAGUUCAAUCGAAUGCGACAGCUCGCUAACCAAACGGUGGGCAGGGCUGAAAAAACAGAAGUGCUAAGUGAUGACCUGCUGCAGGUUGAGAAGCGUCUGGAGCUGGUGAAGCAGGUGUCCCACAGCACACAUAAGAAGCUGACCGCCUGUCUGCAGGGCCAGCAGGGUGUGGAGGUGGAAAAGAAGUCUGUCAGAUCGCCCUCGAAAAAGCUGCCAUUGACAACACUAGCACAAUGUAUGGUGGAGGGAGCUGCAGUUCUGGGCGACGAUUCACUACUGGGGAAGAUGCUGAAGCUGUGUGGCGAGACGCAGGAGAAGCUGGCCCAGGAGCUCAUCCUGUUCGAGUUCCAGAUCGAGAGGGAUGUGGUGGAGCCCCUCUACGACUUAGCAGAGGUGGAAAUCCCAAACAUCCAGAAACAAAGGAAACAUUUAGCGAAACUGGUUCUGGACAUGGACUCAGCUCGCACACGGUGGCAGCAGUCAUCCAAGUCCUCAGGUCAGUCCAGCAACCAGCUGCACACAGGGGCCAAGGCCGACUCCCUCAGGGAAGAGAUGGAGGAGGCAGCCAAUCGCAUGGAGAUCUGUAGGGAUCAAUUAUCGGCAGACAUGUACAGUUUUGUGGCCAAAGAGAUCGACUAUGCAAACUACUUUCAGACGUUAAUUGAAGUCCAAUCAGAGUACCACAAGAAGUCCUUGGAACUCCUGCAGAACCUCCUACCGCAGAUCAAAGCACACCAGGAGGCUUGGGUAGAUAAGCCCUGCUAUGGUAAACCCCUGGAGGAGCACCUGACGUUGAGUGGGCGGGACAUCGCCUUCCCCAUUGAGGCCUGUGUCACCAUGCUGCUGGACUGUGGCAUGCAGGAGGAGGGCCUGUUCAGAGUGGCUCCGUCUGCAUCGAAGCUGAAGAAGCUGAAAGCGUCUCUGGACUGUGGUGUGUUAGACGUGCAGGAGUACUCUGCAGAUCCCCAUGCCAUCGCAGUGGGGAAGCUAAGUGCUAACCGCUAA